AUGUAUCUAGAAAAGAGAACUAAUAACCUGUCUGAUCCCAUGCCAAUGAAUGACAACCCCUUCGGUCUUGGUCGAAAUCCCGUUGGUGAGAUUAACUCGAACGGUUUCUCCAGCCCGAACGCGUAUUUCUGGGCCAGGAAACUGGCCAUUGAUGGCCAUGACAACACCUUCCACUCCGUCUGGAUUGCCUUUAAUAUAAUCCACGGUCCCGUCACUUCUCCAGUCAUUGUUAAGAGUGGUGCCAACUAUAUAUCUCUGUCCAAUUUAAAGGCAACAGUCAACCAUGGCUCUUCAAGUGCUGGAAGAGUGAGUUGGAUGUUUAGUGGUUAG